AUGGAAGUGGGUGCUGAUGGCAAUGUUGGAGGAAUGCUAUGUAUGUGGAAACCUGAGGUUUUUGAGCUGAGUGGGUGCUGCAGUAACAAGAAUUACAUCAUCCUAUCAGGUAAAAUUCAUCAUGUAAUUGAUUGUGUGAUUAUUAAUGUUUAUGCUCCUAAUGAUAGAAUUAUGAGAAGGAAACUUUGGGAAACUUUGCGCAAUCUUCAACCUAAGUUUCCUAAACGUUGGUGCAUUGGGGGAGAUUUUAAUGAAGUUAGAACAGUGGCUGAAAGGAAAGGGUGUCUUAGAAGAGAUGGGGGGAUGAUAGAGUUUGACGAAUUUAUUAAUAAUUUGGAAUUAAUAGAUGUUCCAAUGAUUGUGAGAAAGUCGGUGUCAGACCAGUGCCCAAUAAUUUUAAUGGAAGAUGAUAGAGAUUGGGGUCCGAAGCCAUUUAGGUUCCUAAAUGCUUGGGUCCUUCUCCCCACUUUCAUGAGCAAGGUAAAAUCGGUAUGGGAGAACACUCAUGUAGAUGGAUGGGCUAGAUAUAGGUUAAAGAUCAAAUUGAAGUCCUUUAAAGAAAGAUUGAAAGUUUGGAACAAGGAUGUGUUUGGGAAUGUUGAAUGCAAACUCAAAGAAGCUGAGGAUGCAUUGCAUGAAUUGGACUUGGCUGCUGACGUUAGACCCUUGCAAGAUCAUGAAGUAUUAAGUAGAAGAGUGAUCAAAGGAGAGAUAUGGAAGCUGAAAAAAAUGAAGGAUUGGGUAUGGAUGCAGAAAUCAAGGGUAACUUGGGCUCUAAAAGGUGACAGGAAUACUAGGUAUUUCCAUGUUAUGGCUACACAUCGUCAGAGUAGGAACCUACUAGAUUCCAUCACUAUCAAAGGUAACAUCUUUAACAAACCAGAAGAUAUGAAAAAAGAAAUUGCAAGGCAUUUUGGUGAGGAUUUUUCUGAAUCAGAAUUACAUGAUACAGUCAGAGAGUGUGAUGGGAAUAAGGCGCCAGGGCCAGAUGGAUCUAAUUUGAUUUGUAUUCAAAAGGGAUGGAGGUUCAUGAAAGAUGAUAUAUUGAAGUUUAUGGCUGAGUUCCAUGAGCAUGGUAGGUUGGUGAAGGGACUGAACUGCUUUUUUGUAACAUUAAUUCCCAAGAAGGAAAAUCCAACUAGCAUCCAAGACUUUAGACCUAUAAGUCUCAUUAACUCCAUUUAUAAGAUCCUCUCAAAAGUCCUAGCCUGCAGAUUAAAGAAGGUGCUUCCUAGUAUCAUUAGCCCAACCCAAUCUGCAUUUUUGAGUGGAAGGAAUAUAGUUGAUGGGAUAUUAGUUGCAAAUGAGGUGGUGGAUUAG